UUCUUACUUGGAGCUCUUUAGUAAAUAUUCAUUGAACAAUGGCAUCUCCAAAGAUCUUGAUUUUGUUGGCACUUUGUGUCCUACCUGCUCUACUUGUUGAAGCUCGUCCUCUCGUUUUUCCUUAUCACGUCCAUGGUCGUGUAUACUGUGAAACCUGUCAUCUUGGUUGUGAACACAAGCUUGUCACUUACAUCGAAGGUGCUGUGGUGAAGAUUGUAUGCAAAGAUGAUGAAGACUAUAACAUAAAUUACAGCAGAGCCGGAGUUACAGGCCCAGACGGAAGAUAUAAAAUUGAAGUAAGAGAAGACCACAAAGAUGACUACUGUUUUGCUGUUCUCGUCAGCAGUCCUCAGUCCGAUUGUAACACAAUCGUCGACGGACUUCACCAAGUGACUGCUGUUCUUACCAACGACAACGGUUUACCAUCACAUGAACGUAACGUCAACAGCUUGGGGUUCAGAAAGGAUACCAAAGUCGCUGGCUGCUCUGGUCUUGUUCAGCUCUUCAACUCAGAUGUCUAGAGAUCGAACCACACGUUACCAGUGCAUGUUAUUAAUAGUAGUAUUAUUUUCUCUUGUCAAUUUUAGUUCUCCAUUAAGGAUUUUGGUUGGGUAUUAAUUUUCAGUUGAUGAUUAAUUAAUAGCCAGAAAAUCCGAACGAAGAAAUUCUUGGGGAUGAACUUCCUCGAAUGAAUUUUGCUUUGUAGUAAGUAAUGUCGUGGUGUUGUUGUGGUGGCCGUUUACGUUUAUUAGGUUAUUCGAUGGGAAUAAAAAGAUCAAUAGGUUCACAUUAUACAUGUGAGACCAAUUAAUCCAGUCAUACGGAUUCUUAAAGAUCUUUGGUUUUUCAUUUUUUACAGUAGGAAAAAAAGGUCACCUGUUGUGGCUCAUUCAAUAUGUACUU